AUGCGGGCCGGCAUCAAGACAUCGCAGCGCGUGAGCCGCUCGUGCGUCGAGUGCAGCCGUCGCAAAAUCCGCUGCGACAAGAAAUCCCCCUGCGCGCCCUGCGUGCGCCGCAAUGCCGGAAACUCCUGCCGCCGGCCGAUCGUCCGCGUCAGGGGACAGCUAACCGUCUACGCCGACUCCGAGGCUGGCAGCGCGGAGGAUGUGCAACUCGAGGACCUCCUGCGCGAACGAGGCGCCCUGCGCGCCCAGAUUGCUGAACUUGAGACCGCUCUUGCGCUGUCGAAGCCGUGUGCUCAUAGCCGCACCAGCGAGUCUACGGACUAUUCUGCACCGUCGGCUUCCCUGGAGGACCUGAUCCCGGCGUUUGAACAGUUCGAUAUCGGUAUCACGACCAAUGCUGCGCGCGAGGGUGGCGAGAAGGAUCUCAUAGAUAGACUUUACGAACCUGCUGCGGAUCCCAUCUAUCUGCUUCUUCCCAGUAAAGACGCUAGUAUCCAACUCGUUACCUUCUCGCUCCAAACGCUGGGUUGGCUGCACUGCGCCGUGGAUGCUGAUGUGUUCUUCGGAGAACACGAAGAGUUCUGGCAGAGUACGCAGCUCGGUGCUGGCAUCGAUCGCGCACGGAGACCCUGGCUGGUUGUCUACCUUGCUGUCCUUGCUGUGGGCAUACUCUAUUCCAACCCAGACGAAAUACCCGAUGUCAACCAACUACCUCAACUUGGAAUGCCAUUGGACAAUCCUGUUUCUAUUGCAGUACAUACGUCUCGUCUCUGGUAUGAGGCUGCGCUGAAAGAGUUAGAGAGGUAUGGGUUUGCAGGCUCACCUUCUCUCCCUGUUGUUCAGGCUCUGUCGGUGCUGACACUAUGUCACUCCAACUUUGGUGAACACCAGCGAGAGUGGCUUAUCACCGGCUUUGCGACAAACAUGGCUAGAUGCCUUGAUAUGCACAAGCUGGGGAAUGAAGUCAACAUCUCCAAAGACCUGUGCAAAAGACCGGAGUGGUCGUCCCCUUCUCAGCGAGAAAUGGGGCGUCGGUUGUGGUGGGCUUGCGUUAUCCGGGACUGGUAA